CGGCAAUUGUCGUUAAGUAAUCGGAAGGAAAAUAAAAAUGGCGGACGGAUCGUGUCCUACAAACAAAUGCAAGAAUUGACCGUUCAUUUUUUAAAACAUGGACGAUGAAGAUGAAAAAGAUAGUGCAGAUGACAUACUGACAGGAUUCACUAAUUUCGUGGACAAUAAUUUGCGAGUUAUCAGGGUAAGCCAUUCAUGAUCAGUCUUCUUUACACAUGGCCAGUUGUUUGCAGCUGCUGGUUGGAUGAACGAAAGCUGUUGAAAGCUUGAAACCUAAUCGACAGCAAAAGAUUUUGCGGCAAAAAUAACUUGCUUGUCUUAGGCUCAGAAAUCUGGGGACAAGUUCCGUAGGCCUUUUUCAAAAAUACCAUAAUACUCUUUCUUGUCCCCCAAAAUUUUGCAUAAGCAUUGUUUUCAAUUUUUCUUGGGGUGGUUAAAAUAAAGCUUAAGUUCCAAGAGGAAUUGAAAACAAUGCUUAUGCAAAUAUUGGAGGGACAACAGAGAGUAUUAUGGUAUUUUUGAAAAAGGCCUACAGGGCCACAACAAUAUAAACUAGACAACAAGGUCCUGGGUAGGGUCAAAAGGGGGCCAAAAUGGUGUUAGAUGUGGGGUCCAAGUGGGGAAGUUAAUCGAUGCAAGUUUGCCCAAAAAUGACUAAAAUGGACCCAAAUCACUUUCCCUAUACCUGAAUCUGAAUAUUUUUAGAAUCCUGUUUUAAUAGGACAAAAAAUGGACAAAAUACAUGUUUCUUUUUAUUUGUUAUGAGGGGCUUGGGACGGUUUCGCUCAAUUUAUGGUGCAGUUUUGUGGAAAUUUUCAGGUCACAUUUCACCAGUCAGCAGAUAACAGACAAAACCAAAAGUGUGGGUUACAAGCACUUGCUGAAAACUUCAGAUCUAACGGGUGAUGCUUGAUAUACCAAGUCAAUACUGUAUAUGCCCUAUUGUCCUAUUCUAUUGUGUGACGUUUAUUGUGUUACUGUGUAAGGGCUUGAGAUCACUGUUGUGUUCCUUGUCAUGACAUAACUCAGGACAUGCUAUUCACUUGCUAGUUCAAAUCACGGUAGACUCGAAGAAUUUCAGCCAACUUUAUUUUGAACGUCAAAAACGCACUACUUACACAAUGUAAAUCUUGUAUCAACUUGUAGAUAACAAUUGUACUCAAAUGACAGCAAACGAAGACAUUGAGCGCAGACCUUGUGGUCAGUUCGUAGAAACUUGUAUGUGGUUUUCUGGCAAAUUACAGAGGUAAAUAUCACUCGAAGUUACCAUAACAAUUCUCAAAUGUAGAAAAAAAGGCUAACUUACCNAUUUUUAGAAUCCUGUUUUAAUAGGACAAAAAAUGGACAAAAUACAUGUUUCUUUUUAUUUGUUAUGAGGGGCUUGGGACGGUUUCGCUCAAUUUAUGGUGCAGUUUUGUGGAAAUUUUCAGGUCACAUUUCACCAGUCAGCAGAUAACAGACAAAACCAAAAGUGUGGGUUACAAGCACUUGCUGAAAACUUCAGAUCUAACGGGUGAUGCUUGAUAUACCAAGUCAAUACUGUAUAUGCCCUAUUGUCCUAUUCUAUUGUGUGACGUUUAUUGUGUUACUGUGUAAGGGCUUGAGAUCACUGUUGUGUUCCUUGUCAUGACAUAACUCAGGACAUGCUAUUCACUUGCUAGUUCAAAUCACGGUAGACUCGAAGAAUUUCAGCCAACUUUAUUUUGAACGUCAAAAACGCACUACUUACACAAUGUAAAUCUUGUAUCAACUUGUAGAUAACAAUUGUACUCAAAUGACAGCAAACGAAGACAUUGAGCGCAGACCUUGUGGUCAGUUCGUAGAAACUUGUAUGUGGUUUUCUGGCAAAUUACAGAGGUAAAUAUCACUCGAAGUUACCAUAACAAUUCUCAAAUGUAGAAAAAAAGGCUAACUUACCGAACUGUUCAGCUUCAAAAUGCUAAUACGGGUAGAAUAUACUCAAAUACUAUCCUCGCUCACGAUAACAAACUCGACCAAGGCAAAAAUGUUUUUGAGUCACAUGACAAUAAACAAACAAAUUACUCCAAAGGGGAGUGCACCAGCCGAUUUAACACUUCAAAAAAGUAGUUCGAUUUAGUUCCCUGUUUAUAUUGUGAUGUGUUUGUGUCUCACAGAGUUUGGCUUGGAUAUUAGCAGGAGCUGGAGUUUUGCUCAUUGUAAGAAGAACGCAUGUGGUAAGCAUAGUUUCACGUAGGUCCUCCAACACAUACACAGAGUGCAAACUGAAAGAAAGUCAGCUUUACAGGUUGCCAUUCAGGCAAGAUGUAGCUAACGUGUACGAGCCCAAAAGUCAUUUCAACUAACCUGAAAAAAAUUUUUUGAUGAGCAUUGAUUACAGUGCAGCUUUAAUUUGAAUUCUCCCCCCAAAAAACUUCACUGAAUAUUCACUUGCCUGAUAGCAAAAUCCACUAGUCUCAUGUGCUAUAGGACACUUCUUUCUUUGCACGCUGCAUGUUUUCGCAAUCAUGUUGUGUAGCGUGCUUGUCUCAGGCCAUGACUUAAAUAAAGAGGUAUCCUUAUAUCCUUUCUGUAUAGGGUGCUUGUCUAAGAGCAUGACUUUAAUAAAGAAAAGUGUAUUUCAUGACUAGACUUCCAGUAACUCCAGUGGACUCUAGUUGUUGACAACUAGAAUCUCGUCAAGUAUGUUAAACAUAUGUAUUGUGUAUUCUUGACCUUAGAACAGAUUACUGAUCUUCUGAGUGGCUUUCUGUUACAGUGUGAAAAUAUAUUAUAUAUUUAACAAUAAUAAUAAUAAUAUUAUUCCAUGAGUGUGGGCUGGAUAUGAGAUGGUAGAUAGCCAAUGAGGUGCAUAGUGAUGAGUUGGCUAUAAUCAUCUUAUAUCCAACAAACAGAGUGAAUAUUAUUGUUUAUUAAAAACGCCCACAAAAUCUCAAUGAAUCUCCCCAACUUUAUUUUGUUAGAACAAACCGGAAAAGACAAGGCACUUCCACUUUUCACGUCAGACGUCUAUCAAAACUGUCAAUGCACGAAUGGACUGGAUGAAUGAAAAGUCAAAACGUUAUAGCAACGGACACUUUUAAAAACUCAUUGGGAUUAGAGGAUUAUACACAGUAGAACAGCUCAAAAAUUUGCAGAUAAUGAGAUCAAAGAGAAUUUUGAAGUGCAGCCAUCAAAAUUACUGUGAAUUUGGAUUUAACACGUACAUUUUUUUCUGUUAUUCAGUUUAGCCAAUUCAGAGCAGUGUCAGAUGUCCCAACAGAAUUUGUUACCAAGAAUAUAUAUUUCCAUGGCAUUGUUAAGGAAGUAAGGUCAGACAACACUCUUGGAAUCUCUCACAUCCCACUGCUUAGAGGAUUUAGCAAGGUUCAUUGUUUGUCUGAUACAGGUAAAAUGUUUAAUUACGUAAAUUGCCUAUGACGAGUGCAGUCCUAAUAAUAUUAAGUUUCUAGUCAACCUUCCUUGGCUUGAGUCAGACCUCCAGAACCAAAGUUAUGCUUAACCACAAUGCUGUCACCCUUUAGAAUCAAAUUUACCACUAUUGUCAUAGGUACCAGCACUGGUUGCAUUAUUUCGUCGGGAGAAAUCUAUUUCCAAUUUUUUUUAUCAUUAUUAUUUAAUUAUUUCGAAGGCCAUAGCAGUGCAAAUAAUGGUGGAACCUCAAUUUUUAACUCGAAGAUCACAUUAAGUGGUGUGUGGAAUAAGGCUGAUUGCAUGGCAGGCUUUUAGCCAGACAUUGAAAACUGGUGGUCCAGAAGGCAUGCAUAAUUUCCUGUAAAAUUAUAAGAGAUUAGGUGAAUUUUCCUUGUAUUUCUUUGACAAAAAUGGUAAUCCAUAGGACAGCUGGACACCCUUCUGGCUAAACCUUAUUCCACGGCUGAUGUAGUAACUGGUUCACAGCUGUAUUAUCACAAAUUACAUAAAGCUUUAUUGCAGGCAAAAAUAUUAAAUUUUGUCUUAUUUCCCCAGCCGGGAUCUCAUCCCAGAAUAAUCUUCUCAAUGUUAGUUUACCAGGAGUGGAAUUGAGGGAAGGAGGACACCAGUGGCUAACAGACAAUGUUAUGUUGGCUAAAGUGCAUAUGAUCCCAUUACAAAUCACUGCCAACAACACUUUAGACUGCAUUCUGUACAAGAGGCAGGUAAAUAAUAUCCAGUCGAACUCCUAUGUGUGUCCACCUUACCAUUUAUCCAAAACACUAAAAUUUUCCCAGUCAAAUCACAGUUGGAAUCUCUCAUAAAGCAUCACCUCUCUUAAGCAACUGCGACUACUUUUUGGGAUGGCGGCGUUAGAAUUUUCCUUUGUUUUUAUCCUCCUGUAAGCGGCACUUAAUGCAUAGUUUAUCUCUAUGCUCAUUCUAUGUACUUCACCACUAUUAAGACAAUGUGAUGUACUGGUAGUGAAAACAUGAAACUAGACAUAUCAUGAUCUAGAAAUUGCAGGCAACAAAUUUUCUUACCAAAUAUAAAUCUUUGUGUUCAGUCCUCUUCUGUCAAGGGAGCCCCUGUGCUUCAAUUCUCAUAAGCUUUUAAGUUUUCACAUUUUGGGUAUUUGCUUACAGGAGGUUUGACUGCAGUACAGGGGAUGGCAAAUGGUCUGUGGCAGAUCUAGGGGAGGGGCACAAACCCCUUACAUUUUAUAUCCAAGCCAGCCCUGCAGGGCCAGUAAAAUUGUCAUGCAGAGUGAUCCUCAUUUGAUAUCUCAAGGGCUGGUUCUGCCACCAGUGGUACCUAGAAGAUGUGUAACUAGGAAAUGUUUGAUCCUAUGUGAAAGUUUUUAAGCAAUAAUUCACUAGAUAGUGUUAACUCAUUAGAUAUUGUUCAAGGCUGCUGCCAAACGGGUGCCCGGUCCCCAGAGAUGCCUACAAUUUGCCCACGGCCACCAAAAUUUUAAAUAAGGAGCCUGCACGGGCACCUAAAACUUAUGAUUCUUAUGCUAACUUCUAGUGAACGAACAAAAUUCUCAGCUUAUUAGUGGCCCUUGAAUGUUAGCUGACCUUUACUAUGCUACUAUUUGUGCCCUUAUGAGUUGGACAGACAAUAAAUUUGAAGCUUAUUGAUCAACCCAUUAGUGCACCACUUAUCGUGUGCUAGAAGUUGACAUAUUAUCAUGAGUUUUUUUUUUUUUGAAUUGGCUCCUAGAAAUGGGGCUGGGGCUCCUAACUUUUUAUUGUAGGAGCCCAAAGGGCUCCCAGAAAAUUUUCUUAGGCAGCAGCCUGGAGUGUUAAAUGUACAAUGUUUUGCGCAAUUUCAAUGGUCUGUAAGAAAAUAAACAAUGGAAAAUUUGCUAUUUCAUUGAGAGUUUCAAAUGUCUAUAUUUUAUGCAAAGUUUCUUUCAAAACUGCUUCUAAGAGACAGAGAAGAAAACAUUGUACCAUCAUUACAUCAUUUCCAUCUCUGUUCUCUCUUAGAUCAUAGAAAUUAUUUCAAUCAAUGAGGAUAUAAGAAAUUGCCUUAGUUGUAAAAUAUGGGAACAACAACUACCUAACAUUGAAAAACUUAAUCAAUGUUUUCUCCUUUACAGGGUUGGUUUCAAUCUAAGUGUGUGAAUGAGGAGUUGAUACGUCAAGGCGUGGCAGUAACAGUCCAUGUGCCCACACUCUCACAUAGUCUACCUUAUCACGAAUUACAAAGGAGACUUUUGAAAGCAGAAUUGCGAGCUGAGAAGAAAGGGGUUGGCAUCUGGGUAAAACCGUCACUGUUAGAAAGACUACAAAACAUGAUCUCCUUUCCAGCUCAUAGGAUGAAGCAGGUGAUCUCUGCUGCUCAAAAUCUCUCAUUCACAAGGAUUUUUUCAAGAAAAAAGAAAGACAGCUAAAGGCAAUGUUGACAAAAAUUAUUGCAUGUACGUCUUCAAGUGACACGUGCACCAGACGUGGACAUGAUGGAUUAUUCAAAUAUAAUCAAUGCUCUAUGUGUGGAAGUACCCUGGUCAGAUGUUUUUCUCAUUCUCCACACAAGAACAAGUCAUGAAGCAGCAGGGUCGACAAACCUGUGGUUACCUUGGACUAAAAUCUGACUCUGUUAUCGUGCAGAUUUAAGAUCACAAACUAAAGAUAACAUGAGGAAAGGAUUGAAAGCUUCAAU